AUGGUGAAAUCAUACUUUAAAUUCGAGCAUUCGAAUACAUUCGGGCUCGUCGCUUCGGCGUCUUCGAAUGCGGUUUGGGCCAAAGACGACCAGACUGGCAUUGCACGUCAGACGGGCGCUGGACGAGCCAUUGUCGGCGCAAGUGAGGAAGUCUUGUGCUGGGAUGUAAAGAAGGGAGAACUCCUUGGAAGAUGGCGCGAUUCUGCCUGCAGAGCGCAGGUUACUGUGGUCACUCAGAGCAUGACAGAUGAAGAUAUAUUCGCAGUUGGCUACGAGGACGGAAGUAUUCGUCUUUGGGAUUCACGCACCGCCACGGUCAUUAUUUCUUUCAACGGCCAUAAAUCCGCCGUCACCAAGUUGGCCUUCGACAACGCAGGCGUGCGCCUCGCUAGUGGCUCGAAAGAUACCGACAUCAUCCUCUGGGAUUUGAUCACUGAGACCGAUCACAUCGCUACAUUUCCUAUUCCCAUCCCCGAAUUGCUCACUGCUUCCGGAUUGAGUGAACACUCAGGUUUCCUAUUAACUACCGGAAAAGAUGCAUUGAUCAAAGUCUGGGAUCUCGCCUCUCAGCACUGCAUUGAAACACAUGUGGCACAAUCAAAUGGCGAGUGCUGGAGCUUGGGUCUUUCGCCUGACCAGGGCGGAUGUAUCACAGCUGGCAAUGACGGUGAACUUAGGGUCUGGUCGAUUGACGAAGCGGCUAUGAUGGAGAUUUCAAGGGAGAAGGUGGGCGCAGAUGGUCGCCGAAUUCUUACGGAACGAGGAACUUUCUACCGACAUGGCAAGGACCGCACAAUUGGCAUCCGAUUCCACCCCCGUGCAGACUACGUUGGAUUCCACGGUUCCGACAAGUCGGUCGAGGUUUGGCGCAUUCGCUCUCAGUCGGAGGUCCAAAAGAGUAUGGCCCGGAAGAAGAAGAGAAGAAAGGAGAAGGAGGCUCGCACCGAGGAGAACGGACCAGAACAGGAUAACGAUAAGCCUGAGGAUGUUUCCGCCGCUCCCGUGUCUGAAGUCUUUGUCCAACAUGUUAUCGUGCGAACUGGCGGAAAGGUUCGUUCCUUUGACUGGAUGACCAACAAAUCAAGUGGCUUGAACCUCCUUGCCGCAACAACAAACAACCAGCUUGAGGCCUACAAUGUUGUGCCAGCGAACAAGAAGAACACCGACAGCGAGGAUCCGGACUACACUCGGAGCUUGGCAGUGGACAUUCCUGGCCACCGAACAGAUAUCCGGUCGAUUGCAUUGAGCUCCGACGACCGAAUGCUUGCCUCUGCUUCAAAUGGCACUCUCAAGAUCUGGAACGUUCGCACCGAAAGUUGUCUACGAACACUGGAGUGUGGAUAUUCCCUGUGUUCAGCAUUCCUUCCGGGAGAUAAGAUUGUGGUUGUUGGUAACAAGAACGGAGAACUCGAGGUGUUUGACAUCGCAUCCUCAACAUUGCUCGACACUAUCAAAGCCCACGACGGACCCGUGUGGUCACUUCAUGUGCACCCAGAUGGCAAGUCUAUGGUCAGUGGAAGUGCAGACAAGACAGCCAAGUUUUGGAAUUUCCAGGUUGUCCAGGAGGAGAUCCCGGGAACCAAACGUACCACCCCCCCGCCUCAAGCUGGCACACACAAGAACGCUGAAGACAACACCGUGAAGGUUUUCUUCGUCGACUCGCUGAAGCUAUUCCUCAACCUUUACGGACACAAGCUUCCGGUUUUGAACAUGGAUAUUUCCUAUGACAGCAAACUAAUUGUUACUUGCUCGGCUGAUAAGACCGUUCGACUCUGGGGGUUGGACUUUGGUGAUUGUCACAAGGCUCUCUUGGCCCACGAGGACAGUAUUAUGGCAGUGGCAUUCGUUCCUCACAACAAGGAUGGAAACGGGCACAACUUCUUCAGUGCAAGCAAGGACCGUAACAUCAAAUACUGGGACGGUGACAAGUUCGAGCAAAUCCAGCGCCUUGUUGGUCACCACGGCGAGAUCUGGGCACUUGCCAUGAGUCACACUGGUGAUUUCAUCGUCAGUGCCAGUCACGACAAGAGCAUUCGCAUCUGGCAGCAAACAGACGAGCCGUUGUUCCUGGAGGAAGAACGUGAGAAGGAGAUGGAAGAGGCUUACGACAGCACACUUACCGCAUCCCUCGAGCAGGAGGAGGACGGUGAAGACGGCGAGAAGGCCGAGGCCGUCGAUGCUGGCAAACAGACGACCGGCACUCUCAUGGCCGGAGAAAAGAUCAUGGAAGCUCUGGAACUAGGCCUCGAGGAUCUCGAAGUCGUCCGCGACUGGCGCAAGGUCAAAGCCGUCAAUCCCAACGCUGCCCCGCCCGAUCGUAACCCGGUCUACCUGGCUCUCAACAACGUCUCUGCCGAGCAGCACGUUCUGAACACCGUCCAGAAGAUCCCCGCCGCUGCCCUCCAGGACGCUCUCUUGGUUCUGCCAUUCUCCAAACUCUCCGCUCUCUUCACCUUCCUCAACAUCUGGGCCGAUCGCGAAUGGAACGUGCCCCUCACCUGCCGCGUGUUAUUCUUCAUCCUGAAGACGCACCACCGCCAGAUUGUUGCCAGCAAGAUGAUGCGUCCUAUGCUCGACAGCAUUCGGGCAUCGCUUCGUCGGGUCCUUGCCCGUCAGAAGGACGAGAUGGGCUUCAACCUUUCCGCGCUGCAGUUCAUUGGCAACCAGAUCCGCGAGCAGAGUACCACGGACUACGUUGAUGAGGAGACUUGGGAGGAGCAGCAGACCUCCAAGGGCACGGGCAAGAAGCGCCAGUUUGUCAGCGUUGCCUAA